GGCGACUACUACGGAAGGAAAAUGAAAUGUAGUUUUCCGUCUAUUCUUCAAUCGUGGUGGAUGUAGCCGGUGUCAGCUUCGAUUGCGUCAGAGAUGAUAUCUGAAGAAGUUGCAAAAGGGCGAGUUUGUUCUUGAUGACGCAAAUAAAGUUAGCCUCCGUCGAAAAGAAAAACGUAAUGUAGCCUCCCAAUCUAACAUAAGGCUAGCACGUGAUAUUAGGCAGCAGUUCUUAGUAUUCCUCUGCAGUGACGAGACAGGCGAAUAAGAGUGCACUCACACACAACCAGUUUGUUUACGACGCAGAAGAUUUAUAUUUGAUGCGUGCUUGUCCACCAUCUCCCUCGUUGUAGUGCUGCUGCUUACAUCCACGACGUGAGUAGAAGAGUUCAGUUGUUACAUGGUGGAACUCCACGACGUACAAGAAAUAGGAAACGAAAUCAUGGCGGAAGGACCUCAGGAGCUGUUUGAAGAGCUGCUGCAGGGGCAAAAGCGUGUUGACGCGGCGAACGAAGAGCUGCAGCGCGUUUGGCAAAAGCUCCAGGACCGGCUUCAUCCGUGCUUCGCGGGAUGCGACAUACAAGCGCUGCUCCGAGAUACGCUCAAAGAAGCUUCUAGCGCCGCCGAGCUGUUCAGCGAUACCGAUUGGCUUUUUGCUAAUCCGGGGGCCGCGAGGACUGCGGGGCACACGAAUGCGGACAGCACAUCAGAGAGUACUACAGCGUCUUCAUCAAGCCGCGCCGAAACCGGGGCGGAGAUCGACGCGGUGAGCACAGCCGGCAGCAACAACACUGGAACGAGCACGAUAUCCGGAACAAGGGGGGCUGCGGACGCUGGGAUCCUGAGUGCACCGGGCCCGGGAGCGCGUGCUGCACCGUCUUGCUGGCAGUGGUGCCCGUCGUGUGGCACGAUCGUCCCUGUUUUGAUCAACAUUUUCACUCUGUGGUGGUUCAAUGUAAAAGUGACCCACCUUGAAUUCUUCCUGGAGGAUCUGCACUUGAAAACUUUUGAAGCGUGCUUGACUCGUCCUUGACCGAUUUCGCUCUCGGGUACUUGACCUGCAAUCUCAGCAUCUUUGCUGCCAUUGGUACUCCUAUUUCUUAUUCUCAACUAAAGCUUCAUCUGUAGUUCUAGUUCCACCCGUACUAAUAGUCAAUCAGGACAAGAACGAAAAACCGAAACUGACACGCACAUCUUCGGCGUUGAUGAAUGUUAAUGUUUAAGCUGCAAACUUAUACUUAUCUUAUGUUUUCUCCGAGCUUUUCAAUGAUCUAUUUCUAACGUCAGAAGCAGAACGAUGGUGGACACAAAUGCACCAAGCGACCUAAAAAAAGAACUCCGAAUUAAUUAUCAAGCAACAGCAAGCGCCAGGAUUUUCUCGAAAAACAAAAAUGUGAAUACGUCUUUGUCCGGAAAAUGUGGAUACGUGCGUCCCUCUCGACGAAAUAUCUCGUUCUGCGUACUUACGAUUUGAGACCUUGUUCAUUAGCAG